GAGAUAGGCACCGGCCAGUGCGGUAGGUUCGGCGGAGAGAGGUGCCGAUCGGAGCGGGGCAGGAGAGCUUCAUGUGGAGGCGGACAGAGUUACAGCUCCCGCCUGUUACCAGCAGGAGCUUCAGACUGGUCAGCAUCCUCUAUUCGGACUGAAAGGGACUUUGUGCUUUUCUUUUUUUUCAGUCGGGCUUUUACUCUUCACUUCACACUUACGUUCAGGGACUCGCCUUGGAGCUUCCCGGUUCCCCCGCUGCUCUUGUUUGCACUGAGGUUACACCGGGGAGCAACGCACGUCAGCGGGCUCAUACUACCCGAGACUUACGGAGCCGUGCACGUGAAUGGGCCGAGGUUAUAAAGGCACCGGGGGAGCCGUGCACGUCAAACCUGUUCUGCAGCAUCAAUAACACCUAUAUCACCGCCGUGCAGCAGCAGCAGCAUGCAGUGAGAGGAAUCCUUCCAGAUGCUUUCCCACAGCAGACACUGAAGAAAGGAGUCGUAGAGGAGGAGUGUAUGGGAGAUCUAUUGGAUUUUCACAACCCCGUCGUUGCAAACUUGUGUCCGGGAUGGGGAAGGAGCAGGAGCUGCUGGAAGCCGCCCGGACCGGGAAUGUCGCCCUGGUGGAGAAAUUAUUGAGUGGGAAGAAGGGAAUUCUGGGGUCAGGCUCCGGCUCCAUCCCUCUGCCCAGCCUACUGAGCAUGUGGAAGGGCCUGAAUGUGAACUGCACAGACAGCUCAGGAUACACACCUUUACACCAUGCUUCACUCAAUGGACACAGGGAGGUGGUACUGAAACUGCUCCAGUUUGAAGCCUCCACAAAUGUGGCUGACAGCAAAGGUUGCUUUCCGCUGCACCUGGCUGCCUGGAGGGGAGAUGUGGACAUUGUUCGUAUCCUCAUCCACCACGGCCCUUCGCACUGCCGUGUCAACCAGCAGAACCAUGAGAGGGAAACGGCACUCCACUGUGCAGCCCAGUAUGGACACUCUGACGUGGUUUCAGUGCUGCUUCAGGAGCUGACCGACCCCACCAUGAGGAACAGCCGGCAGGAGACACCUCUGGACCUGGCAGCGCUGUAUGGACGACUGCAGGUGGUGCGCAUGUUGGUGAGCGCUCAUCCUAACCUCAUGACGAGCCACACUCGCCUCCACACUCCGCUUCACCUGGCUGCUCGCAACGGACACCACAGCACCGUCCAGACUUUGCUCGAGGCCGGCAUGGAUGUCAACUGUGUGACAGAGAAUGGCAGUGCCCUCCAUGAGGCAGCUCUCUUUGGGAAGAUGGAUGUAGUUCGCCUUCUGCUUGACUCAGGGAUUGACACCAAUCUGAGAGACAUCCAGGGGAGAACAGCUCUGGAGAUCCUGAGAGAACAUCCUGCACCGAAAUCCCAACAGAUCACUGCUCUUAUUCAGGACUACAUGAUGGACGAGAUGGAGAGGCGGAGUAUCAUAGAAGAGCCUGUCCGCAAGUGUCCAGUCCCUGCACCUCGAACUUCUGUCUCUUCACCUGCUGCCUCCCCGUCCCUCAGACACAAGAAUGACGCUGUGACAAGCGAGCUGUCCAAACUGCUCCACGAGAUUAAAAAGUGCCGUGAUAGAGACUACUCCUUUGAGGAGCUCUGCCACACCAUCUCCUCCCACUCCAUGGACAGCUUUGGCAGCGGGCGGCUGUCUGACGAGGAGCGCCCAGAUCGACCCAACGGCACCCUGACUCGAAUCAGCAAGCGGCCAACUCCACCUCUCGCUCCGGCCAUGGAAGAAGACGAGGCAGAAAAGACUUGUGGCCCCACUGGAUUCUGGGAGGCCCUGACCCCUUGCAAUGGCUGCCGCAACUUGGGCUUUUCCAGCCUAUCGCAGGAUUCAAAGCGCUCGGCAGAGAUCGUCACCUCUCCUUCACUGGAUGUUUUCCUUCCAGAAGAUGAGGACAACCCGUACGAGUCUGUGACCACCGCCGUCACACGCAAACCCUGCUCCCUCGAUAUCAAUCACCGGCUCAACGCCUGCCCACGCAAUGGUCACCUGUCCCAUGUAACAGUGAGUGAGGGGGAGCAUGGUAGCCAUGGCAACUGCUCAACAGGCCCCACACCAGACUGCUCGCCCCCCUCUCCUGACACGGCCCUGAAGAACAUCGAGAGAGUCAUCCGCCCACAGCCGAAGCAGCGCACGUCUCUGUCCUCCUCCCUGGAUGUCCAGAGGCCGGUCAACCACAGCUGUGAGCCCAGUGAGGUGAGCUCUUCCCUGGGCUACGCCAGCUUCAGCACCAGCCCCCCUGCCAGCCCUCCACUCAGUCCCAACCAGGAGGACUCUGCAGGCUCCAACGACGACUGUCAACUCACAGACGACGGGUUGUACCAGCGAGACCCGCCUCCUCCUCCUCUCUGCUCUUCCUCCAAAUCAAACGCUCUGUUGGAGGAUCGCAGGAAGAGUCACAUCCCAGAGGAAUUUGCAGGCCUCCUUCAUGGAUCUUCGCCAGCCUGUGAACCCCCUGAAACGCCUUACCACCUCUACAGCCCCAAAGCUUUUAAAUAUCCUUCCACUGAUGUCCAGAGCGGCCUGCUGCAGACCCCAGAGUUCAGCAUUGUGAUUGGCGGAGGUGCCACUCAGGUGUUCUCCAGGACAGGGAGCGAAUCUUCCCCUCAGAGGUCGGCCAACGACCCCCAAAAGCCACAGGUUGUGUACCGGACUGUCUUCCACACAAAGGUCAACCAGGACCAGGCUCAACUCAGGAACUGUGAGCAGGUGGGUUCACCUCGUGGAUGGUCUACGUUGGGCCACCCACCAUCUAGUUCCUCUGGUCAAAACGGAGAAAUUCCAGAGUUACGAGGUGUCCAGGCAGGAGGGGCGUCCAAAGACAGUUCACCUGGGGGUGGCUACGAAGAGAGGGCUUGCACCCUGGGGAGGAUGAGGUCCAUGCCACGCAGUGUUUUGGACCUGCAGCUGUCUAAGUCUCUGUCCAAGUCUGACUCCAACCUGGUGGCCGUGUCUCCCAUACAGGAGGAGCACAGUUGGGGGUCUGGAUCACGAGGUCAGGGCCCUGGAAGCCCCAGCCCACGAGAGGGUGCCUGCCCUGAGGGAAGACUGGAGAGAACGCCUUCUUUCACUGCUGAGUGGGAAGAGAUCGACAAGAUUAUGAGCUCUAUCGGGGCAGGAAUAGGCAGUGGAUUGGACAUCAAGGAGGAUACCUCAGGUCCCCGCUGCCCGCUGCAGUCCGUGGGCCAGUGGCUGGACUCCAUUGGCUUGGUCCAGUACGAGAACCACCUGCUGGCCAAUGGAUUUGACAACGUCCAGUUCAUGGGCAGCAACGUGGUGGAGGACCAGGACCUGCUGGAGAUUGGAAUCCUCAACUCAGCCCACAGACAACGUCUCCUGCAGGCCAUUCGGCUGCUGCCCAGGGUGCGACCUGUCGGUUAUGACGGCAACAACCCCACGUCGGUGGCAGAGUGGCUGGAGUCCUUGGAGCUUGGAGACUACACCAAGUCUUUCCUCAUCAACGGUUACACCUCCAUGGAGCUGGUCAAAAAGAUCUGGGAGAUUGAGCUCAUCAAUGUAUUGAAGAUCAGUCUGAUCGGACACAGAAAACGGAUCCUUGCCUCAUUGGGGGACCGGCUACACGAAGACAUCCCACAGAAACCUCCACGGGCCAUCUCCUUAAGGGAGCCUGGGGGAAACCACACUCCUCCUCAGCUCAGCCCCUCGGUCGGCCAGGCAGCGUACACGGCGGGGGUCCCAGGCGGAUCUCUGGACGUGCAGCACCUCAUCAUGCAGGCGGACGCCCGGCGCAGGCAGCGCAGCAAUGACAACUACUUCGACGACGUGCCGCGAUCCAAGCUGGAGCGACAGAUGGCCCAAGUCAGCAUGGCAGGCGAAUGGUGCGAGCCAAUCACGUUGCGUCCACCCAAUGAGGCCACUUCGUCCACCCCGGUGCAGUACUGGCAACAUCACCCCGAGAAGCUCAUCUUUCAGUCUUGUGACUAUGAAGCCUAUUACCUGGGCUCCAUGCUGGUGAAGGAGCUGAGAGGAACAGAGUCCACACAAGACGCCUGCGCCAAGAUGAGGAAGUCGACGGAACAGAUGAAGAAAGUGCCGACCAUCGUGCUCUCCGUGUCCUACAAAGGAGUGAAGUUUAUCGACGCCACAAAUAAGAACAUCAUAGCAGAGCAUGAGAUUCGUAACAUCUCAUGUGCAGCUCAGGAUCCAGAGGAUCUGUCUACCUUUGCCUACAUCACCAAAGACCUCAAGUCCAGUCACCACUACUGCCAUGUCUUCACUGCUUUUGAUGUGAACCUGGCCUAUGAGAUCAUCCUGACACUCGGCCAGGCCUUCGAGGUGGCGUACCAGCUGGCGCUCCAGGCCAGGAAGAGCGGCCACGGAUCAUCCACACUGCCCGAGAGCUUUGACAGCAAGCCCAGCAAACCUGUCCCCAAACCCCGAGUCAACAUCCGCAAAACUAUGGAGCAGCCGUCCAUGGACCAGAAGGGCCACGCCAACGUGCCGUGGAUUGUGGAGCCCGGUCAGGAGGCCAAGAGAGGAGUCAACACCAAGUACGAGACCACUAUUUUCUAACAUACACCCGCCUUGUCCACUCCUGUGUGUGUGCCUUUCAGAGGUUGCCCUAUACCGGGGCCCCGCCCCGGAGUUGGGCACGAGUGAGGCACGCCGCCGCGUCACCUCACAGGCUGAAAAUAACAAACAAAUAUCUCGCCCCGCCCCCGUUAGCCGAGCCUGUCCACUGCAUGAUGAUGUUUGGCGCUGCGUUGUCUCUCUUCUUUCUCCUUGUCUCUUCUCUCUUUCGUUGCUGCUGUCCCCCUCUUUGGCCCGGGCCUCGUCCUCCUGCCUGCAGGGCUGGCGCAUGACCUUUGAACCCAGGCUGUGGUGCACUUCUCUGUCUCCACCUGUAGGGGGAAUGGUCAGCUCCGUUUUUCCACUUCCUGUUUGUCGGUCAGUCAGCAGUCAACCAGUCAGUUGUUCUGCUUCCAGCUUCUUGUUUUUUUUUCUUCCUGUUGAUGGGUGCAACCAUUUGGCUUCGUCUCUCUCCUCCUUUUCUCCUCCAACUGCCUCCGUCCCUCGCUUUUCUCUUCAUUUCAGCCCUUUUGUCCAACUGCCCCUGACAACUUGAAUGAGAUUUGCAACCAGAAAACUGCUAAGAGCCGUAACAGUGUUUUAACUGUCUGCUGAUCCCAGUCUGGGAUCAGCAAUGAGGAGGGAUGUUGUCUGAACACGACAACUGGAGGAAAGUUCAGACUUUUUAAUCAUUUUUUAAUCAAAGAGGAGUGCUGAACUACAGGAGAGGUGAUGUAGCACAGUCUAACUUAGACUCAAACUGGUUCAUCCAGCAGGCUACUAGAAUGUAUUUCAACUUUUUGAUUCUUUAUAUCAGAUUAUUUUUUGGAGAUACUAACAAACUUGUGAAUUUCCUUAACAAGCUAUAUUUUAAACUUGACCUGUGACACAGGAAGACGUAGGAGAUUUUUUGCUUUUCUAGCACCUUUUUCAGCACAUGUUUGUGUAUGUUCAGAAUUACUUUAAUCACAUGGAUUUUUCCCUUCCCAUAAACCUUGUUUGAUUUGGGGAAAACAAAUCUUGUAUGUUAAAGGUUUAGCAUGUGGCUUGUGAGACGCAUGGUGGCCAUUUUGGAUUUGCUGAGCAGGGGGGCCGGUGGAGAGGCGGGGUGUGAGGGCUCUCUCGAUAAGUGAUGUCAUCUCAUUUGCAGGGCAAUGCCGGACGCUCAUGUCUAUUACUGUGGAAUGCAAAGAAUGUAGCCAGCCCUAAACAUGGACCUUGUCACACAUAAAUGCAAAAAGGACUACAAAGGACCCUCUUGCUCACUUUUCAAAAGGACUACAAACAUGGAUGCUACUCCACAGUGUUUAAGGUUGACUACAAAAUUUUAACAUCAUUCAUCCACAUGAUGCUUGACACAGUACACUUUGGACCAACACAUGCACACGCACACACACACACACACACACACACACACACGCGCACACACACACACACUAGCAGGACUGCAUCUUGACAGACGCCCGUCUUCUCUGAAUGUACACUUAUUUGAAAGCAGCCUCAACUUUGUGCAGCAGGAGCUGUUUUAUGCGCCCGACUGGGAGGCAUGACCUUAGAACUUUUGGGAGGUCAGCAUCUCCAUGGAGACUGUGAGUAUGGUUGCAGGGCAUCUGCUGGGAACAGACAACGGGUUCACAAAAGGCACCAUUGGGCAUGUGUCGGUGUUGGUAUGGGUUCCAGGAUGUCUGGCUGGCUCUUUUGUUUUUUUUUUUUUAAUUUUCUUUACUGUCAGAAAAUAAUACAGCGAUAUAUGCACAAGCGUGUAAAUGUGAUUGGACUAGCUGCAACACGCUCAAGAUGCAACAGGCGUCUCAUAGUGGAUGACGAACCUAUGUGAACAAAACAGCAUCUAGCGUAAAAAAAAUAAGUAUUCGUAUUGCCCGACAUUUUAAUGUUUAAUAUGAGAGUAUUAUAUUACCAUGAUGAUUAUGAUUAUUCUUGUGCAAUUCUUGUCUACUGUUGUCUUAAUGUUACAUUAUUUUUCUAUGAUAUGCUGAGAUGAAACCUUGGGUCUGAGAAUGAUGGCAAUUGUUUAAAAAAAUCUGAACUACAUGAUGAUGCUUGUACACAGAGAGUGAAUGUUGCAGGUGGUUAGUUAUCUCUUAGGUCAGGUCAACCCUCCAUUUCUCACGGGGCUCUACUCUUAUCUAGAAGAUGUACUAUUUUAAACGCAGUAUUACUGUAUUAUUUGGAUGAGACAUUAUCCAAUUAUAAAAUGUACAUAGAUAUUUUGCCAACUCAUUGUUCAUACAUGUAAUGUAAAAGAGAAAAGAAUAAAGGAUUUGCAGUAAAUGGCACUGGAAACAAGGUACCAAAAUAAAGGUUGGACAUUUAAAAAGUGGUAGAUAGUAGAGAUUGUAUUUUGAGUGAAGACUAACAUGGAUUAUUUGGUGACAUCACUGCUGACCAACUAAUGUACAUAGGCUUGGGCUUCCAGCACACUGAUUUUUGUAAUUUUGGCCAUUAUUUAUAUCCUUGUAAAGCACAUGAAAUAAACUAUGACUUGUACAACCAUA